AUGGCGGAUGUACAAACCGAGAAAGCUUUUAUGAGACAGGACGGCGUCUCAUUAAAAAGCAAGAAAUUCUUCGCAAAAAAAACAGCUAAAGGAGUCAGAUAUUGGAAGAAUGUAGGUCUUGGUUUCAAAACUCCAAAAGAAGCCAUUGAAGGUAACUACGUAGAUAAAAAAUGCCCAUUCACAGGCGAUGUUUCUAUCCGUGGAAGAAUCCUGAAAGGUAUGGUCAUUUCUACCAAAAUGAAGCACACAAUUAUCAUCAGAAGAAACUAUCUUCACUAUAUCCCUAAAUAUAAAAGAUUCGAAAAGAGACACAAAAACAUUUCAGCCCACUGUUCCCCAGCUUUUCAACAGGUAAAAGAAGGAGACAUCGUGACAAUUGGCCAAUGCAGACCUCUCUCUAAAACUGUCAGGUUCAACGUUCUCAAGGUCCAGCCUAAUCAAAUCUUUGGGUCAGCAAGAAAACAGUUCGUUUUAUUCUAA